UAGUCGAGUAAGACAGGCUGGCGGUAUCCUCUCUCUCUCUCUCCCUCUCUUUCUCUCCCUCCCCCUCUUUUUCAUCUUUCCUUUCCCUUCACGCACAGGCACGCACGCAUACACACACGCGCACUCCGUCACACUGCAGCAGAAGGGAGAGGACGCACCGUGAAGCUGUGAGGUAGGACCAGGCCUCUCCUCUUCCUCCUCCAUCAUCCCUCUCUCUCUCUCUCAUCUGCUCUCCGUCAAGGACUACCGCACCCAGGAAGCGCCUGGAAAAGGACUAACCGCAGAACGACGGAUCUACAGAUUCACACAUCUACAUCCUCAUUUUUUUCUUCUUUUUCCCUCUGCGUUUCUUGUUGCCAGGCAGAGCGUCAGGACGUGAGCAUGUGUGCAUGUGAAGGGCUGCAUUUCUCCAGCUGACUGAACGUGGGUUUUUUUAAUCACACUCAUACUCUUCGCAUCACUUGCCGCUUCAUUCUGACAAAGGCGGAUCAUAUCCCAGGAUGCCGUGCGGCAGGCCACUCUGCUAGGCCGCAGAAGCAUGGGCAAAGCACCGGGGGGGUGGGACAGCACGGAUUGGACGGCUCAGCUCCGGACGGGCGCGCUUACGCACUCCGCCGCUUCCGAUGGGUGAGGACGGCGAGAGCCCCAAAAUCAAUCACAGCUUCCUCCGAGACUAUGUCACUGAAGCUGAUGUCAUUUCUACAGUGGAGUUUAACCAGACGGGGGAUCUGCUGGCCACUGGGGAUAAGGGGGGGAGAGUGGUCAUCUUCCAGAGAGAGACAGAGUCUAAAGGUGAAUCUGAAGAGCUAGGAGAAUCGGGUGAGUAUAAUGUCUACAGCACGUUCCAGAGUCACGAACCGGACUUUGACUAUCUGAAGAGUUUGGAAAUCGAGGAGAAGAUCAAUAAGAUCCGCUGGCUGCCACAGCAAAACGCUGCUCACUUUCUCCUCUCCACCAACGAUAAAACGAUAAAGCUAUGGAAGGUGAGCGAGAGAGACAAACGGCCAGAGGGCUACAAUCUGAAGGAUGAAGAAGGGCGAAUAAAGGACAUCUCCACCGUGACCUCAUUACGGGUGCCAGUCCUGAAGCCCACUGACCUGAUGGUCGAAGUGCGACCGAGGAGAGUCUUUGCUAAUGGGCACACUUACCAUGUCAACUCCAUCUCCGUCAACAGCGAUGGAGAGACGUAUCUGUCGGCGGAUGAUCUCCGGAUCAAUAUGUGGCACCUGGACAUCACAGACCGGAGCUUCAACAUUGUGGACAUUAAGCCAGCCAAUAUGGAGGACCUGACGGAGGUGAUAACAGCUGCAGAGUUCCACCCACAGCACUGCCAUCUGUUUGUGUACAGCAGCAGUAAAGGCACGCUACGCCUCUGUGACAUGAGAGAGUCGGCACUCUGCGACAGACACUCCAAAAUCUUUGAGGAGCCAGAGGACCCAGGCAAUCGUUCCUUUUUCUCUGAGAUCAUAUCAUCGGUUUCUGAUGUUAAGUUCAGCCAUAGUGGACGGUAUUUGCUCACCAGAGACUAUCUGACUGUCAAAGUCUGGGACCUCCACAUGGAAAAGGGCCCAGUGGAGACAUACCAGGUUCAUGAGUAUCUACGAAGCAGACUUUGCUCUUUGUAUGAAAAUGACUGCAUCUUCGACAAGUUUGAGUGUGUCUGGAACAGCACUGACAGUGUGAUCAUGACAGGAGCGUAUAACAGUUUUUUCCGGAUGUUCGAUCGCGAGACGGGUCGUGGUGUGACCCUGGAGGCCUGGCGUGAGAGCAGUAAACCGCGAGCCGUGCUGCGAACUCGCCGCGUUUACACCGGGGGGCGGCGGCGACGCGGGGAUGUGGGCGUGGACAGUCUGGACUUCACCAAAAAGAUUCUGCACAUGGCUUGGCACCCGGCUGAAAACAUCAUCGCCAUCGCCGCCACCAACAACCUCUAUAUCUUUCAGGACAGGGUCAAACCAGAAAACCAGUGUGAAGAGACAUAAAAGGGGCCGCAGUAAUGGUCCUCACAGGGCCACACAUGCAUUCAAAUCAUAUCAGAUUUAUCCUUUAAAACACACACAUUUUUGGUCCUGCGGAAAGUGCAGACUCAAAAGUAGACAGAUGGAGUUUGCCGUUCCAGAGGAGCAGUCAUGUAUAGCUAAUGACUUGAUCUGAUAACACUUUGGUUAAUUACACCGCCAAGAAUGUUGCCAAUGAGCUGUGGUACAUGGAAUUUAUGACUGACAUCUUGAUCAGCCAAUCCUGGACUCCUUUGAUGUGUGGAUGGAUGAUGAUGUUGAUGGCCAAUCCCUGAUUGCCUGCGCCAAUCUGUGAUUGGUGUUCGAUUUGGGCUUUUGGGCCAGGAAUGAGACUCCUCUGCGUCAUGAUAACAAGAGUGCUCUGAGCAGUCUUCCUAUCACGUGCUUCCCAAUCCAAUCCCUCAAUGCAUCUGCUUUACGAGCACUCUUUUUGCUUCACAUCAAAUCGACCAUUUGUGGAUGCCUAUACGACCGAAUCACUAUAUCUCGCACUUGGAGGAGGAAUAAAUUCCAGUACUUGUCUCAAAUGUAUGCGAAAAAACCUGAAGGUUUGAUCCACUUCUUCAUCUGAACACUGUCUUAACCAGGUUACACCUCAUGAUGGGUUACAUUCACACCUGUAUGGUAAGAAAGGUAUUGGUCAGUUUUUUAAAAAAAAUCCAUCGCACUGCUGAUAUGCUUUGAUAAGGGCCUCCUGCGACGCUGUGCACAUGCAUUAGGGUCAAACUCUGAUCUAGUCCAGAGUUCUGGACUCUCACAGCGAAGCACUGCCUUUUUAUUAAUGACUGUAGCUACUCAGAAUGGAAAUUUAAAAAAAAAUGUGUGAAAAUAAUAGAUGGUUAGUUAUUUGAAAUGAAUAUUCUGGCAUUAAAACAAGGGACUGUUCAUGCUAAAAUUAAAAUUGAGUCAUUAUUUACUCAAGCCUAGCCAUAUGUAUCAAUAAGGACACGUCUAUGUGCUUUUUUUUUCUAAUACAAAAAAGUCCCACCUCUGUUUGUACAUAUUAUGGUAGUGAAUAUUGACCAGAAUUUAAAAAAAUGCAAAUAAUAUCAAAGAAUGUUCCUGUACAUUUGACAUAUAUGUGUUCUGGGUAUACAGUAUAUGAAAAACAAUGACUGGUCUUUACGCACGAUUGUACAAUGAUACAAAAAUCAGGAUGAAUAGAAAUGCAAUGCAAAAUAUAAUUCAUGUACCAUAAUUCUGACUUUAAUGUGUCAGCUGAACUUAUCCUGAGUUUGAAUUUGGAUAUAGGCGGCAUGGUGGCUCAGUGGUUAUCACUGUAGCCUCACAGCAAGAAGGUCGCUGGUUCGAGUCCCAGCGUGUUCUCCCCUUGUUGGCGUGGGUUUCCUCCGUCUGCUCCAGUUUCCCCCACAGUCCAAAGACAUGCGGUACAGGUGAAUUGGGUAAACAAAAUUGGCCGUAGUGUAUGAGUGUGCGAACGUGAGAGUUUAUGGGUGUUUCCCAGUACUGGGUUGUGGCUGGAAGGGUAUCUGCUGCGUAAAACAUAUCCCGGAAUAGUUGGCGGUUAAUUCCGUUGUGCCGACCCCUGAUAAAUAAGGGACUUAGCUGAAGGAAAAUGAAUGAAUGAAUGGACUUGGAUAAGCAUGGUAUGUUAUGUCUUGCUUUGAUUAGUUUUGCUUUAUGGAAAAAUAGCACGUGUGCUUUUUAGUCAGGAUUUUAAUUCAUUAAUUAAUACAUCAAAUUUCAGUUCGUUUUUACUGAACCGCAUUGACGUGUUGCAUGGGACAAUUUCUUGAAACCUUUGUGGGCUUAAUUCUUGUCACUUUUCACUACCAUUUUAUGGAUGAGCAUGAGCUGGUUGUUUUAUCCAUUUCUCCUUAUAGAAAGAAUGCCAUAUGUGUCAGUGAAACGAUGCCAGGAUGAGUAAAUUCUGACUGAAUUGAGCAUUUUGAGAGCUUUACCAAACACAAUCAUUUUGACAUUGAUUCAGUUUGCUGGAAAUGUUCUUGCAAUGGAAGUCUGUGAGGUAUUUUUGCAGAUAAACUUUUGCUUCCAUGAGAAAAGUUCUCAACCGUUUCGUGUUUAAAGUUUUUUCCAAUUGAUUUACUGGAGAUUUUUAAAGCAAUUAUUUAUUCACAGUUUAUAUGUAAUGAGUAUUUUGGGGUUGAAAUGAUUAGGACAGUCAACAUGUUUAAUCAAUAUCAAAGUUUUAAGAUGCAAGUCAUUUUUUUCAUGAUGAAAAUCAGACUCAUAAAUUAAUAUACAGUUGAAUUCAAAUGAAAAUUAUUAUUUUUUCAAUAUCAAGGAUGAUUUACAGUGAUGAUUUACAAUAUCAAGGAUGAUGUACAAUGAUCUACAGCCUUUUAUAAAUUCAAUCUUUCCAAAUGUGUGUGAUAUUUCAGCUGGAAAGUUGUCUAAAUUUUUGGGACACUCACCUUCUAUUUAUGCAUUAUCUUCAGAAUUUCAGUAACUUUUAAUGUACUAGCCCUAGUUACCAAAUUUGGGGGCUUUAUAAAGAUAAGCAGAUAAAUAGAAGCAGAUCUUAACACACUAAAAAUUUACUUUUGCUGCUUGUUUAAACUUCUUAUUUAAUAUGAGUUGAACCAAAAUUGUUCUUAAGGUUUUUUGGGGACAACUUAAUUGUUUUAUGUUCAAUCCACUUAAAUUAAACUUAAAGUUAACUUUGAUUUGUGUUGGGACAACAUGAAGGAAUUGUGUGGAACCCUGCAUUGUUUUCCAGUGCAUGUGUAAUGUUGAUGUUUUGGAGCUAUACCUUUUUAGGACUUCUUUCUGGACUUCCAUUGUAAAUGCAUUGACACUACCGAUGAUGUGUUGAAAUUAUGUUUCAUGGUGAUGGCCUAAUAGCUUAACUUGAAUUGAAUCUGGAACGUUCCAUAAUGCAUCAGUCAGUAUAAGUGGGUGAACAUUUCCAAAUGUGAAUCUCUGCACACUGUGUACACGUAGUGACCACGCAGGUGUACAUGUAACUCUCUGUAUCCACUGUAGAAUGAACACGGCGAGCUCUCUUUCGUUUAAGGUACCAUUCACCUUUUUGGGUGACUGUUUGUUUGGUGUCGAUGUGGUGAUGAAUUGUUGGGUUGUCUGUGUAGACUUUGACACGGGGGUCAGUGAUUGUUUUUAAUAUAAUAUGAAAAAGGCUGAAUGAAUGUAACUGUUAAACACAUGCUUUUAAUGAAUCCAUUUUUAAAGUGUUCAAAUGUUAACGGGGUGCUCUCCAACUGACGAGCGAGCUUGCUUGCUUGCUUGCUUUCUCAUUUCCCUUGACUUGGUCCCUCUUCUGUGUUUUCUGAUGUUCACGUGUUUUUCUGUCCCAUUUUUUCUAGUACUCUUUGCUCUACAUAUACUGAGGCUGUGCCUCGUACAAUCAGUCUCCAGCUACUCUUACCCUUUUUUUUACAUUGGUAGUUCAUUCACAUCAUUUUUCUACCCUCAGACGACUGCUGUUUUUCUCUUUCUCAAUCUUUCGUUCUCUGUUACCAUGGCGAUAGUCCUUCUGCCAUUAUGCAUUCUCUCAUGCUUUUCUCUCAGACAUGCAGUGAAACACACACACACACGUACACUCACAUUCACAAUGCAACCAGGGAAUAAUUGCUUGAGUUUUUCAGGGCACACACUUCUUUUUUUCUCACACACAAACACACAUGCACACAGACACACACACAAAUAGGUCUAUACAUGCAAGCAUACACACAGAAACGCAUGUUUAUCAUUAUCCAGUGUUACUAAUGUGUAUAUCUAUGAUGCCUAAACAUAUUCUAUUGACACUUAAUGGAAAAAUAAAAGAGGCAAAUGGAGGAAUGUGAUUAAAUUGAUAUGAUCUCUGUAUGCCCA